AUGAGCAUCUGGCAGCCAGAACUGCCCUUAUGUGUGCCAGAGUCUUUGACAGGCGAACACCACAAAGUGGGGGUGGGCAGGGAGGAGCCUCUGGAGUUCCAACCAUUGGACCAGCUUCCUAUGGGGAGCCCUGAAGCUGUGGACCACUAUGGUCUUAGAGAGCUGAGAUCACUGUGGCUGGAAGCCUGGAAAAUACUCAAAAGUCAGACCCAGAUUUCAGCAGAUUUCUCGGAGAGGAAAAGAGGAAAUACAGAGGUAAAGAGGAUUCAGGCCCUCAGCUGUUCCUCUAAGACUCUUCCCAUUGCUGGCAUAUGUCCAUGGAGAUGCCCAGUGCUCUUGGCCUUAGUUCUAAACAUCCUAUGCUCCCCUCUGCCAGAAGUGUGGUGCUUUAGUGAACUGUCUUUUGUAAAAGAACCGCAGGAUGUAACUGUCACAAGAAAGGACCCAGUCGUUUUAGAUUGCCAGGCUCACGGAGAAGUUCCUAUUAAGGUCACAUGGUUGAAAAAUGGAGCAAAAGUGUCUGAAAAUAAACGGAUCGAGGUUCUUUCUAACGGCUCUUUAUACAUCAGUGAGGUGGAAGGCAGGCGAGGAGAGCAGUCCGAUGAAGGAUUUUAUCAGUGCUUGGCAGUGAACAAAUAUGGAGCCAUUCUUAGUCAAAAAGCUCAUCUUGCCUUAUCAACUAUUUCUGCAUUUGAAGUUCAGCCAAUUUCCACUGAGGUCCAUGAAGGUGGAGUUGCUCGAUUUGCAUGCAAGAUUUCAUCCAACCCUCCUGCAGUUAUAACAUGGGAGUUCAAUCGGACAGUUCUACCUAUAACUGUGGACAGGAUAACCGCCCUACCAACAGGAGUAUUGCAGAUCUAUGAUGUCAGCCAAAGGGAUUCUGGAAAUUAUCGUUGUGUUGCUGCCACCGUGGCCCACCGACGCAAAAGCAUGGAGGCCUCGCUAACUGUGAUUCCAGCUAAGGAGUCUAAAUCCUUCCACACACCAACAAUUAUAGCAGGUCCACAGAACAUAACAGCGUCUCUUCAUCAGACUGUAGUUUUGGAAUGCAUGGCCAUAGGAAAUCCCAAACCAAUCAUUUCUUGGAGCCGCCUUGAUCACAAAUCCAUUGAUGUCUUUAAUACUCGGGUACUUGGAAAUGGUAAUCUCAUGAUAUCUGAUGUCAGGCUACAACAUGCUGGAGUAUAUGUUUGUCGGGCCACUACCCCUGGCACACGCAACUUUACAGUUGCUAUGGCAACUUUAACUGUAUUAGCUCCUCCUUCAUUUGUUGAAUGGCCAGAAAGUUUAACAAGGCCUCGAGCUGGCACUGCUCGAUUUGUGUGUCAGGCAGAAGGAAUACCCUCUCCCAAGAUGUCAUGGUUGAAAAAUGGAAGGAAGAUACAUUCAAAUGGUAGAAUUAAAAUGUACAACAGUAAAUUGGUAAUUAACCAGAUUAUUCCUGAAGAUGAUGCUAUUUAUCAGUGCAUGGCUGAGAAUAGCCAAGGAUCUAUUUUAUCUAGAGCCAGACUGACUGUAGUGAUGUCAGAAGACAGACCCAGUGCUCCCUAUAAUGUGCAUGCUGAAACCAUGUCAAGCUCAGCCAUUCUUUUAGCUUGGGAGAGGCCACUUUAUAAUUCAGACAAAGUCAUCGCCUAUUCUGUACAUUACAUGAAAGCAGAAGGUUUAAAUAAUGAAGAGUAUCAAGUAGUCAUCGGAAAUGACACAACUCAUUAUAUUAUUGAUGACUUAGAGCCUGCCAGCAACUAUACUUUCUACAUAGUAGCAUAUAUGCCAAUGGGAGCCAGCCAGAUGUCGGACCACGUGACACAGAAUACUCUAGAGGAUGUUCCCCUGAGACCUCCUGAAAUUAGUUUGACAAGUCGAAGUCCCACUGAUAUUCUCAUCUCCUGGCUGCCAAUCCCUGCCAAAUAUCGGCGGGGCCAAGUGGUGCUGUAUCGCUUGUCUUUCCGCCUAAGUACUGAGAACUCCAUCCAAGUUCUGGAGCUCCCGGGAACCACGCAUGAGUACCUUUUGGAAGGUCUGAAACCUGACAGUGUCUACCUGGUUCGGAUUACUGCUGCCACCAGAGUGGGGCUGGGAGAGUCAUCAGUAUGGACGUCACAUAGGACGCCCAAAGCUACAAGCGUGAAAGCCCCUAAGUCUCCAGAGUUGCAUUUGGAGCCUCUGAACUGUACCACCAUUUCUGUGAGGUGGCAGCAAGAUGUAGAGGACACAGCUGCUAUUCAGGGCUACAAGCUGUACUACAAGGAAGAAGGGCAGCAGGAGAAUGGGCCCAUUUUCUUGGAUACCAAGGACCUACUCUAUACUCUCAGUGGCUUAGACCCCAGAAGAAAAUAUCAUGUGAGGCUCCUGGCUUACAACAACGUAGAAGAUGGCUAUCAGGCAGAUCAGACCGUCAGCACUCCAGGAUGCGUGUCUGUUCGUGAUCGCAUGGUCCCUCCUCCACCACCACCCCACCAUCUCUAUGCGAAGGCUAACACCUCAUCUUCCAUCUUCCUGCACUGGAGGAGGCCUGCAUUCACCACUGCACAAACCAUUAACUACACCAUCCGCUGUAAUCCUGUUGGCCUGCAGAAUGCUUCUUUGGUUCUGUACCUUCAAACAUCAGAAACUCACAUGUUGGUUCAGGGUCUAGAACCAAACACCAAAUAUGAAUUUGCUGUUCGAUUACAUGUGGAUCAGCUUUCCAGUCCUUGGAGCCCUGUAGUCUACCAUUCUACUCUUCCAGAAGCACCAGCAGGCCCACCAGUUGGAGUAAAAGUGACGUUGAUAGAGGAUGACACCGCUCUGGUUUCUUGGAAACCCCCUGAUGGCCCAGAGACAGUUGUGACCCGCUAUACUAUCUUAUAUGCAUCCAGGAAGGCCUGGAUUGCAGGAGAGUGGCAGGUCUUACACCGUGAAGGGGCAAUAACCAUGGCUUUGCUAGAAAACUUGGUAGCAGGAAAUGUGUACAUUGUCAAGAUAUCUGCAUCCAAUGAGGUGGGAGAAGGACCCUUUUCAAAUUCUGUGGAGCUGGCAGUACUUCCAAAGGAAACCUCUGAAUCAAAUCAGAGGCCCAAGCGUUUAGAUUCUGCUGAUGCCAAAGGUCUGUAUACUGCCAUAGUCUCUCUGUGCAUCCACCAAGACAGAGGAGUCACAUCAGCCGUGAACUGGAAAUCAUCUGCCUCCAAGACGGCACAGAAUGGAACUCAACAGUUACCUCGUACCAGUACCUCCUUAGCUAGUGGAAAUGAGGUAGGAAAGAACCUGGAAGGAGCUGUAGGAAAUGAAGAAUCUUUAAUGCCAAUGAUCAUGCCGAACAACUUCAUUGAUGCAAAGGGAGGAACUGACCUGAUAAUUAAUAGCUAUGGUCCUAUAAUUAAAAACAACUCUAAGAAAAAAUGGUUUUUUUUCCAAGAUUCAAAGAAGAUACAAGUUGAACAGCCUCAAAGAAGAUUUACUCCAGCCGUCUGCUUUUACCAGCCAGGCACCACUGUAUUAAUCAGUGAUGAAGACUCCCCCAGCUCCCCAGGUCAGACAGCCAGCUUCUCAAGACCCUUUGGUGUUGCAGCUGAUGCAGAACAUUCAGCAAAUAGUGAAGGCAGCCACGAGACUGGGGAUUCUGGACGGUUCUCUCAUGAGUCCAACGAUGAGAUACAUCUGUCCUCAGUUAUAAGUACCACUCCCCCCAACCUCUGAUUCUUUCACUGGCAGUGAUUCAGGUGGAGAUUCCGCAGUGGGGAAGUGUGAAGACCCUGCUGUGUCAUCCGUUACUGAGCAGACUUCCUCCUCAGUUCUGCAGCCGCCAUCUGCCAUGCUAUGCUUUGAUAAAAAUGAUUUUCCAAUCUAGACGGCCAUGCUCAGGUAUUCUCACCAGUAAGUCUGUUCGAAGGACAAUGAACAGGGAGCCAAAGCCUUUUGUGAAAACCUUGGUAUC